AUGCAUACAUACAUCCGUGCAUCAGCACGGUUUUACAUACAUACACUCAUUCAGGCCACAGCAGCGGUGGAAGUCGCCCCGGCAGAUCCCUCCAGUGCAGCUGGCUUCGAUGGACCCUGCACCUCUUCGGCUACCGGAGCUGUCUCUAUCCAAGAGCCCCCCCAAGCAGAGGGCAUCCACCAAAUAGGAGACCGGUUUGAAGUGGUUGUCGAUUCCACAGUAGGGAAGAUCACCCAGACUUUUGACACCAGAAAGAAGGCUGAAUCAUGGUAUGCUGCGGCGUUGGACCUCAAAGCCAAAAAUUCACUGGGACCUCUGUUGAAGGGUUUCCAAGCCGCUGUCGAGAGCAAUUCCAAACACCUGGAAGCUUGUGAGUCUGUGAAGGGCAAUCAUGUCAUGGAGGCCCUUUUCAAAAGUGCUCAGAAACACAUCGGUGAAUUUGAUACUGGUGAUGUGUGGGUUCUGGGAAUGGCUGCUGUGGAUGUUUCUGAGUCCAAGAUUUCUGUUGAUCAACCUGAUGCCUCGCUCCUAGAUUGGUUGGGGCAAUUUUCUCUUGCGGGGAAGCUCUCAGAGCAGUUUGCCGUACUCAUUGGCAACAUUGCCCCUGUCACAGCUGACAGAUCAAUGCGUUUCUUCCAGAUCGAUGCUGCAACGAACCAGGACCGGGUUUCUGAUAAGAAGCGCUUUGGCCUGGUGCAAACAAUGAAGUCGGGCCUUUCGUUCUGGCAGUGCCUGCUGCUCAUGCAGCAACCAGAGUGGCAGAAAGUUAGGCGCGGCCCCCAUGGGACACCAAUGGUCAAAAACAUUGAGGAGUCUGAGCUCAAGGCUGCUCGUGAUUUGCAGGGUCAUUUUCUCGAGCUUCUGCGUGAAUUCCAGUCGCAGGUGGAGGACACGGACCCUGAGGUGCAGAAACUCUUGCGAGAAUUGGGGGAGGAUUUCAAGAAAGGCGCAGGAGUAGAAGUUUACUACCUGUGGAUCGUAGCCCAUGUCUUGCAGAUACAGAUCAGGUGCUCCAUGCGACCUAACUUUGCAAAGGCUUUGUCAGCCAGGGAGAACCAGCAGGUUGAGGUGUUGGAAGAUGCUGUCUAUGGGCCGAAGGGCAAACCGGUGCUCCAUGUGUUUUACUCGCCGAAGUUCAAUCACCAAGCUGAGCGAUUCUUGCACUAUGACUUUGUGUAUCCUGAUGCUGGUGGUAAUUUGCUCCUGUGCCAGACGACGGACGUUUAUCACAGCAAAGGGCACCUUGCUCUGCCUGAUCUUUGUCUCCGUGGUUCUUCAUGCCUUGUAGGUGCCCCCCACAAGCCUAGUGCAGAGUCUGUGCAGGAAGACCGGCAUCUUCAGCGAG